AUGGCCGUGCACCUCUUAUUGGCAUUUUCUGUGGCACUUUCGCCACGAGAGUCCAUCAUCUCCGGCCCGUCGACACCAAUGCCGCCCAGUAAAGACCCAUGGUACAGUACGCCUGAUAAUUUCGAGCAAGCUGCUCCCGGUACCAUCUUGCGCAUUCGUCAUGCACCUGGGAACCUCCCUUCUAUCGUUGGCAGCAACUGCUCUGCUGCGUACAACAUUUUGUAUCGAACCACGGACAGCCAGUAUAAACCAUCCUGGUCCGUCACGACCCUUUUCGCGCCUUCUAUUCAACCAGGCUCGACAAAUCGGCCCGGAAGCUCUGUGCUGUCUUAUCAGUUUCCUUAUAACUCGGUCGACGUGGACUCCAGUCCCAGUUAUGCAGUAUACUCGACUCCUUGGCACGAUUUGACUUACGCUCUCGGGCAUGGGUGGUUUGUCAACGUGCCUGAUUUUGAAGGGCCGCUUGCAUCUGAUGUGGCUGCAAUUGAAGAAGCACAUGCGGUUCUUGACUCCUUUCGAGCGAUAAUGGAAGCUGGAGUCGGUGUUGCACCAGAUGCACGACUAGCUCUAUGGGGUUACUCUGGGGGGUCUAUCGCAUCGGAAUGGGCUCUAGAAUUUCAGGAACAAUAUGCUCCAGAGCUCAAUAUCAUUGGCGCUGCUCUUGGAGGACUAGUCCCAAAUACGACUUAUGUCUUUGACACCGUUGGGGACACGGAGUUUGCAAGCCAUGGUAUGGCAGGCCUACUAGGGGUUACCUCGCAGUACCCAGCCGCAUACAGCUAUAUUAUAAGCCAGCUAAAGACUUCCGGCCCAUAUAACAAGACAGGGUUUCUUUCAAUCCGAAACAUGUCAUACGAACAAGCUCACGCCACAUUCGCGAAUCAGAACAUGUACGAUUAUUUUGUGGGUGGAAGGGCAGUCAUGCAGGCGCCGCUAGUCAAACGAGCGCUUCAGUUGAAUACUAUCAUGACUUACCACGGUGUCCCGCAGACACCAUUGUUUAUUUACAAGGCAAUUCACGACGAGGUUACUCCCGUCAAUCAAACAGACGACUACGUUCACAGAAGUUGCUCCCUAGGGGUAAACAUACUUUACGAAAGGAAUACUGUCGGCGGACACGAGGACGAAUUUGUCAACGGCGAAGGGCGAGCUCUCGCCUGGCUGGAGACUGUGUUGGAUGGGUCUUACGAACAGCAUCCAAUAUCUGGCUGCGAGAUACGCAAUGUAUCGGUCAGCAGUGUCAAUACAGGUAUUUACUAG